CAUUAGCUCAAAAGCUGCAAAAGUCUUUUUAUCUAGGCUGCAGCUUCUCCCCGUCUGAAAUGAAAGGAUUCGCUUCCGUAUUGCUAUUUGCAGGGACACUGUCGUUGUCAAUAUGUCUUCCUCUUAAAAGAACGGAUACCGAACUGCUGAAAAGAGUUAAAAGGCAAGCCGUGGAUGGUGCGAAUGAUGACAAGAAUGAGACAGUUGCCGAUCGACCUCCCGGACUGGGUGGUACAAAUAUCCGAUUUCCAAUUUGCAUAUACCAACUGGGCAUGUCCAAUCGAUUCCGCAUUUGGGAUUAUCAAAUCACAGCAUCUUCUGCAUACCCAAGCAGGCACCUGCAGCCCCACAUGGGGAGGUUGAAUAACCCGUGGGGAUCAUGGUGCAUCAACAGAAGACAUCCAGGACCUCACUACAUGCAGAUUUAUCUCGGCGGAAUUGUGUUGGUCAGCGGUGUCAUAACUCAAGGAGCGCGCCACACACCCGACUGGGUAACCGAAUAUCGUGUGAGCUACAGUCUUGAUGGUCAGCGGUGGGAUUACUAUAAAGAAAAUGGCACAGCAAAGGUUUUCCGCGGAUUCUAUUUUGCAUUUACCAAUCAUUUCAAGUACAGGGUGGCUGCUAGAUUCAUUCGAAUUAAUCCCCAAUCCUGGAACGGAUUAAUACUGUGCAUGCGCGCCGAGCUGAUAGGCUGUUCAUUCGGCCAAGUUAAUUUGGCAUACAAUCGUACAGCUGAACAAUCGAGCACUGAGGAAGGAGAUGUAGCCUCAAAAGCGAUCGACGGAAGGCUAGGCAAUGGUUUCUGCUCUUUGACCCAGACCGAGGAUAGCCCCUGGUGGCGACUGGACCUGGGAUAUAAUACUACGAUAAAAGAGUUAUACAUUGCUGGACCCCAAAAUGGCACUGAGCUAAAAGAAUUUGAAAUAAGCAUAGGAGAUAGCUUGGAUGACAAUGGAAACAUAAAUAGAAAGUGUGGCGAUAAACACAGUGUACGACCUGGUGAAAUCAAAACCAUAAGCUGUGAUUUAACCGGACAAUAUAUCAACAUUCAGGUCCCUGAGAGCGGAAAAGCGUUGUCCAUUUGUGAAGUAAUUCCUUAUGGAAUGGACCCAUCCAUGGCGGACUUCAAUCCAUAUGUCGUCCUGAACUAUGUAAAUUAUGUUCGUAGGCUAGAGCAAUUAAAACAACUUCGAGAGCGACAGGAACGACUAAGAAACGCCACGUUGGAAGCUCAAAAGCAAGGCAAACAGCUUGUUAGUCAGGGUCAACAGGCUAUCGGCGGAGCCCAACAACAAGGUCAACAAGCCAUCCGUCAAGGUCAACAACUGGCUGGUCAAGGACAAGCUGCCGUGGGUGGAGCCGUCGGCCAAGGUCAAGCAGCUCUUGGCGGCAUUCAGAAUCAAGGCCAACAGGCUUGGGGUCAGGCGCAAGGGAUGAUGGGUGGUGCUCAGGGUCAAGGACAACAGCUUCUGAAUCGAUUCCAAGGCCAAGGAGGCGGCAUGGCGGGUCAGUUCCAAAAUCAGUUUGGCCAACUUCAAGGUCAAGGAGGCGGCAUGGCAAGUCAGUUUCAAAAUCAGUUUGGCCAACUUCAAGGUCAAGGAGCCGGCAUGGCAAGUCAGUUCCAAAAUCAGUUCGGCCAACUUCAAGGUCAAGGUGCGGGAAUGCUGAAUCAGUUGCAAGGUCAGGGUUUGGGUGUGGCUAACCAGUUUCAAGGCCAAGGACAACAAUUAGCCAGUCAACUUCAAGGCCAAGGUAUGGGAAUGGUGAAUCAAUUUCAAGGACAAGGAAGGCAACUGGCCAAUCAACUUCAAGGGCAGGGUAUGGGAAUGGUGAAUCAAUUUCAAGGCCAAGGACAGCAAUUAGCCAGUCAACUACAAGGUCAGGGUUUGGGGGUGGCAAAUCAACUCCAAGGACAAGGCAGGCAACUUGCCAAUCAACUUCAAGGCCAGGGGAUGGGAAUGGCAAAUCAGCUUCAAGGACAAGGAAUGCAAGUGGCCAAUCAACUGCAAGGCCAAGGAGCAGCGAUGCUUGGUCAAGCACAAAGUCAGCUUGGUCAGCUGCAAGGUCAGGGAAUGGGAAUGGUAAACCAGCUUCAAGGACAGGGGUCGCAAUUAGCCAGUCAACUACAAGGACAGGGAAUGGGGUUAGCUAAUCAAAUUCAAGGACAAGGCAUGGGGGUUGUGAAUCAGCUGCAGGGCCAAGGGAUGGGUGCGGUCAACCAACUCCAAAGCCAAGGACUAGGAAUGGCAAAAGGACUGACCAGCUCUAAAGAUGAUUUGAUUGAUAGGGCAAAAGACUUCUAUAAAAAGUUAAAACCAUGGCAAAAAAGAGCAGAAGACUUCUAUAAUGAUAAAAUCAAGGGACGUUACUUCGAACUGGGAAUGAAUUGGUUUAAUCGCGGUAAAGACUACGGCAUGAAAGCUCUUGAUGUAUUUAAAGAAAGUGUGUUGUCUGAGUUCACUGGGCUGGCAAGUGAUCUUGGCGGAGAACUAUCAGCAAUUGGAAACUAUGACACUGGAGACGUGAAGGGACUUCUGGACAAUGUUGAUAAGGAUAAAAUAAAGGAACUGGUGGAGAGAGUUAAACCUCUCAUUCCCGAGUAUUACGAAAAAGCCAAAAAAGUAGCCAUGGAUGUUUUCAACGAAGGAAAAACUCAGUUCGAAAAGAUAAAAGAAGAGGUUGAAAAGGAGGCCGAUAAGGCUGUGAAAAUGGGUGAAGGUUUGUCUGCAGAGGCGACUGGUUUAGCGGAGGAAGCUAAACAGCAGGGCAUGAGUGCUGUUGGAGAUGCGCAGAGAGCAGGGGAGUCAGCCCUGGAGCAAGCCAGAAAGACAGGGGAAGGGCUUGCGCAGCAAGGACAACAAACUCUCAACCAAGUUCAACAACAAGGAAUGGGAAUAAUGAACCAGGCUCGUCAAACCGGUAUGGGUGCUUUUAACCAAGUGAGGCAACAAGGAAUGGGAGCUUUAGGGCAAGUACAGAGUUUUGGGCAGCAAGGAUUACAGCAGGCACAGGGUCUCCAAGGCCAGCUAAUGCAAACUGGUCAAGGACUCUAUGGACAAGCUCAAAGUAUGGGCCAAGGUCUACAGGGCCAACUCAUGCAGACUGGUCAGGGCCUCUAUGGGCAAGCUCAGGGAAUGGCAGGUGGCCUACAGAAUCAAAUGAUGCAGACUGGGCAGGGAUUGUAUGGCCAAGCACAGGGCAUGGGCCAAGCUGCGCUACAACAAGGAAUGAACGUUGGGAAUCAGCUGCGGCAGCAAGGACAAGGAGCUUUUCAGCAAGGACUGGGAAUGGCCCAAGGUCUCCAAGGGCAAGCAAUGAAUAUGGGUCAAGGAUUCCAACAACAAGGAAUGCAGCUCAUGAAUCAAGGACAACAGCUAUCGCAACAAAUGGCUGGGAUGGGAUCAAACUAUUAUGGACAAGCUAUGAAUAUGGGUCAAGGUUUGCAACAGCAAGGAAUGCAGCUCAUGAAUCAGGGACAGCAACUACAACAGCAACUGGCAGGCAUGGGAUCCAAUUAUUAUGGACAAGCCAUGGGUAUGGGCCAGGGACUCUAUGGACAGGGUAUGAAUAUGGGCCAGGGAUUUCAACAGCAAGGGCAGCAACUCAUGAACCAAGGAAAACAAAUGGCAGGCCAGCCACCAAGCCCCUCUCAGCAGUGGCAGCACCUCAUGAAACAGGGCCAGCAGUUACAGAGUCAGGGAGAUGCCCUUAAAAGACAAGGCCAACAGGCGGCUGGGGGAGGUUCGAAAUAGAACCUACAUAGAGACCAAACCUCUGUAGUGAGGACAGUUAUUGAGAGGAAAGCAGCGGGUUUGAUUUACCCGAUGACUCACUAGGACAUUUGUUUCGCAGUCCUGUAAAUCUGUCGGGUGUAUCAAGAGAGAAUUUACGUCUUAAGGAUAUUACAGCGAAUGUGAAUCGGACUCGAAGUCAAAAACGUUUCAUGUUUUCCCAUAGAAAUUGCAACGUUAUUUCGCAUUUGUUGCUCGUAAGAAUCUCGGCUUACGCCCCACUGAUGUUUUUGUUAACAUCGAAAUAUGCACCAAUGACUCUUACUCAAUGGUAGAAAGCACGAAUUCAUUGAUUUAGGGACAUGACAAGCUUAGAGGAAUUAAAGACGUCACCCUUAGAGUAACGACCAUGUUUAGCAUCUAUAACUAAGAAGAAGUCAGGAAAGAAAUGCUUAUUGUUAUUGUCAGUGACUGCAAACCUCCCAAUUCCCUAAAGUAGCAUGUUAAAGUGGUACUUCGAGUCAAUGAGACGUCGAUAACAAUACGUAAAUGUUCCACUUUUGCAGACCUGAAAUUACAUGUACACGAAUAGAGAUAAUAUACAAACAAUUUCAAAUACUAUUCUGCUAAACAUUCGAACUACAUAGUUUUUUUUUCAUUCUUGACUAAUGUUGAGUACUGAGGUAACUCUGCCGGCUCUGUGGGAUAUAUAUCCAGUACACCUUAACAUCAGUAUUAAUAUUCUCCUUUCUGUUCUCUAUACAUUUCCGACCACCCAAGAAAUUCUCCAAUUUGUGAUGAUUUUCUUUAUCCUUGUGAUCUUAAUGUGCGAUCUAGGGGUGAUAUUGUAAGGAGAAAUUAGGUGCUAGUCACUCUCAGGGGCCAAAGGUCAAUUAGAUUUUAAAAUUCUGCAACUUCUUCCCAGGAUUCCAUCAUUAAAUUCUUAUGGCCUAAGCUAUUUCUUGUUCAGAUAUGGAAGAUAACUUUCCUGUUACUACGUUAUUUCUUUCCUUAAAACCCUGUUUUUUCCUUGAGAGGCAGAUUAUUCCUAAACAGAAUGAGUGCCUCUGGGCAGUUCCUAUCUGGGCAUUCUUUUAGGUUGCUAAGAAAUGCAGGUAUUUUGUGUUAGCAUUUAGCCUCCGAAAAUUUUCCUAAUGAGGCCCUUUUCACCAUUAUGAUAUGUUUGAUUUGAAGCCAGCCGCAAAAUAUGUUUGGGAAAUUGUAUUAGCUCCCUUCCCACUCUCCCUUAAGGAAAAACCUAGUUAUUUGCUUAGAAACUUGACAGUUACUGCAUUCGUUUCUUUUAUUUUUCUUGUAAAAACCCUUAUAACAUGCUCAAAACAAUUAAGUCUGAGUUUUACUGAAGUUGAAGUAUGAAUGAAUAGCCAUACUCCAGAGAGAGAUGUAGUAAAAUACUUUAAAACUAUGAUACAUGCUAAUAUUUUUCAAAUUUUUGUAACCUGUCAUGUUUUGCUACAUAAGAUUUUUGUCAGGAAGCAACAUUUGACUCUGUCUUCGUGGCCGCCCAACAAUUGAGAUUAGAAAUAUAUCCUAAUCAUAUGUGAUAUAAAUGUCUUUAUAUGUUUUAAAGCAAAGGAAAUGAU